ACCGGCUGCCUUUCAAACCCAGCAUUUUCUUCAUACUGAUUUCCUUGCAGACAUUGAGGAGUCAAACGUCAUUCAAGCUGCCAUCAUUGGAACAGUCUGCCUGGUGGUGUUUCUUGGCGUACUUUUUCUUUUCCACGCAAAAGGACCAGAACGAAGGUCCCAGGAGAUGCCAAACAGCGAAGGGCCGGGUGAUGCGGCUCCAGGUUCUAGAAAUAGAGACGGCGCGGGAAACAAGUGGUCUUCCAACGGACGGGCUCGGAGAAAAAUUGAACUUGGUAGCAGACGACGCACUCCUCAUGGUUAUCCCGAUCCGUACCCCAGAAGAUCAAGCGGACCGCAGAAUCCUGGCAGGACGGUUCAAGCGGAAGAUGCAACGAUGCGUUCUCAGAUUUCAGGUUCCGCUCCUGCCAGCGUUGCUGCUGACGAUGCAGCCGCGACAGUGCCUGCUACCAUUUCAGGUGCCGAGAGCGAUGGAAGGCUUGCUGAAGGCACCAAGGGCAUCAUCGUUUUACCGCCGCUUCCAAAAAGUGCAAGACCCCUGGUAUGCGUGGCGAGCAACACACGGAACAGAACUAUCUUCCCGGAAGAUGGGCUGUGCGACUACCUUAUAUUCCACGAUGUGACACUGGGAGACAGCGAAUGGGUCUCAGCGACCAACAGAGGCAAGCUGGAUCCGUUCAUCGAGAAGGCCUCGCGGUCCCGCCAAAGCGUCUACAUGCUUUCCUUCCCUGCGAACAUCUACGCAGAAGUGAAGUCUUUCCUGCGAGUCAGAGACACUUCCGUGCAGCUUAUCAAGAAAUACGCGACACAUAACAUUCGAGGCUAUGGUUUUGCACUUAUCGAUAGACCUGUGCGCCGUUUCGUCGGGGAAGCUGAGCAUUACAAAGAUAUUGUAAUGAAUCUUUCAGAUCGAAUGAAGGAAGCAAUGAACACCGGUGGUGUGACCUUCAUGGGACUCCUCCUUCGAGGAAACGCCAAAGGAAGCGUUGGAAACGAGCUUAAGGAACUAGUGAAGCGAGUUGACCUGUUCGUCGCCAUUAGUCACACGCCACUGCCUGAUACGCCUGGGAGCUGCGUGGUGCAACCAAUUUCCAGUUGGUCAUCGGAACACCUCAAUGAUGCAUCACUACAAUCAAUAGUUAAGUCCACUUUAGCGAGCACUUAAAAAAUGUCAACGACCCGAAAAAUUAGUGUGUAUUGCUGAGCAGUGUAUUGACUGCAUGUUCGUAAUCAUCAGCUUUGCCUAUUAAUCGAGAGCGCCCUUUCUCAGCUGUACUUCCCGAGACAGCUGAAGAUAAAGAGCGACGUCCCAGCAGUCCGUAUAUUAAUUUUGUCCAUCCGAUUAUCCUUCAUCCUGUGCUGAAACCUUAGCACGCAGCACGUCGUAUUUGAUGAACCUCUCGGAUGACGACGCGUCUAGGCUGGGGCCACAUCAG